UGCUUUUGCACUGUACAUUCCAAAUUGAUUCUCUGUGUAUUCUGUAUGCAGGUUCUGGAAGAAGCUUGUAGGAAGCAGAAUUUCAAUCCCAAUGAAUAUGAUUUGAAGUUUCAGAGGACUGUGCUGGAUCUUUCUCUACAGUGGAGAUUUGCCAACCUACCCAACAAUGCUAGACUGGAGAUGGUGCCAAUUUCUCAAAAUAGAUCAGGAACUGAUGCUAUGGUACGGAUUGCACUUCAGCUGGAUGACGGUUCAAGGCUCCAGGACAGUUUUUGCUCCAGCAAGACCUUGUGGGAGAUUCUUGGUCAUUUUGCACAGACUAGGGAAUAUGUGGAGCAAUACUGUGAAGUCUCCCCGGUCUGUAUUUACAUGCGAGAUGAGGUGACUGGGAAAACUGCUCUGGAGAAGACCAGUCUGAAGUCACUUGGCUUGACAGGAGGCAAUGCUAUCAUCAGGGUAAUUGCAAAGAAAUCUACCCCCUCUGGCCAUGCAGAAGCUAGGAAUCAUGGAUCUCCCACUAAAGAUCCAACAGGAGGGGCUAUUUCCAGGGAAGAGCCAGAGGGGAUUGAACAGCAUCUGGGCAGACGUACUCCUGAACAAAUGGUGCCUCCAGUAUCCAAUGUGCCAUUAGCAAGCCUACAGACACCUCUGUCCAGUCCUAGUGGGCCCUCCAAGGCAAAGAAGUUAAAGAACAGCCAAGAAAAACUAAAGGUGCCAAAAGAGAGUUUGGAGCGAGAGGCCAUUGUGUGCCAUCCAGAUCUCCAGAAGCCAUUAGACUCUGGUCUAGGAGACCUUCCUGAUGAGUUCUUUGAAGUCACUGUAGAUGAUGUGAGAAAACGCUUGGCCCAGCUUAGGAAUGAGAGGAAGCGUUUGGAAGAAGCUCCCUUGAUGACACAGGCACAACGAGAGGCUCAAAUGAAGGAGAAGUUGGAGCGUUAUUCAAAGGUGGUGCUGAGAGUUUACUUCCCUGACCGUCAUAUUUUGCAGGGCUUCUUCCACCCCAGUGAAACAAUUGGUGCUUUGAAGAGUUUUGUCAAAAGUCACCUUGCUGAUCCAGAGAUGACAUUUUAUUUAUUUAUUGCACCUCCCAGAUCCAUCCUGAGUGAUGACAAUUUGACCCUCUUCCAGGCUAACCUUUUCCCUGCUGCUGUUGUACAUUUUGGAUCUGAGAAGCCUAGUGAUCACUAUCUGAGAUCGGACCUCCAACCUGUAGGCUCCCCCUGUGUUUCUAACCUCUUAGUGGCCAGGGUAAGUAGACAUUACCAAUAUUUGUCCAAAUCAGCAGCUCCUACUUCUCCAUCAAGUCCAGAAUCUGGUUUUGAUCCCCUGCCUGUGCCAGAUGAAGUUGAGGAAAGUGCAGCUACGGAGCACAAAGCGCCAGCAGCAGCAGCCCUUGAAGUGCCACAGCCACCAGCAAGGAGAACUGCAUCUGGAAAAGUGCCAAAGUGGCUGAAGCUGCCAGGUGGGAAGAGAUGAAGGGCUUGUGAUACCUUUCCUCAGAGAGAUUCCUUUACUAUCUGGUCCUCUUGCACCAUCUCAUUCCCACGAGCUGCAUCUAAGAACAAGCAUAAAGAUGUGACAAAUUGAUUUUUUCAAAAUAAAAUUGCAAUACCUCA